GACAGAUGGCUACAACAGCCAAGUGCGUUUUCCAUCAUGCCUCUCGUCGUUGUGUGCGGGAUUCCUGCGGCUGGCAAGACGACGGUGGCUACAGCGUUGGUAGGCCAUCUAAAGCGCCAAUUGCCGGAUCAAGAUGUCCUAUGCAUCUCACCGGCUACAGUCAAUGUUGACAAGACGAAGGGUUACGCCGAUAGUAGAGCGGAGAAGAACACUCGGAGUGCAUUGAAAGCUGCAGUGGAGAAGGUUGUGAAUACCAAGACGAUAGUGGUGCUGGAUGCUCUCAACUACACCAAAGGAGAGCGAUACGAACUCUUCUGCAAGGCUAAAGCAGAGAGUACUACAUACUGUGUGGUGUAUGUGGACACGCCGAUGGAGAUAGCGUUGCAGCGUAACGCAGCGAGUGAGGAAAAUCUUGACUCCAAGCUGUUGCAAGAGCUUGCGGCUCGCUUCGAGGUUCCAAUGGACAAGAAUCGAUGGGACAGUCCCUUAUUUCGCCUGACUCCGGACGACUUUGCUGUAGAUGGGGCUGGAAUACCGCUGGACGCCAUCACCGACGCUAUUCGGUUCGGAAAGACCGUGAAGGCAGGUCUUGCCACCAAGGCUGCACCUGCUGCGGAGACGAGCUUCCUUCAAGCCCUGGAUGAAGUCACGAACGCUGUAGUGGAGGCAUUAUUGACUCACCAACGCGAUGCUGGAGUGGCUGACGGUCUGCGAGUGCCACCACACACUGUCAAGAACGAGCUGCGACUCACUCGUCCGCUGUCCACGGCUGAAGCUCGUCGUCACCGUCGUCAGUACAUCAAGAUCACGCGGCUACGACCAUGCGCUGUUGCUGAUAUCGGCGACCUAUUCGUCGAAUACCUUAACCAGCAGGCGUAGAUAAAGCGAGCAUGCUCUAAAUGGUAGUAUGCAAAUUGAUUUGUAGCUAUUCAGUCCUCUCUAACUCUGCGUAGUCACUGCGUUCAACAAGUCGAGCAAGUCUUGCCAACUCACAAGAAAAUGUACCC